AUGCCAGACAUGGGAUCAACGAACCGAAGUGCCGCUGCCGAUAUGAAACGGCAACACCUCCCCCCCCCUCCCCCGCCUCCCCCACCUCCCCACUGCCCUAUAAAAGCCGACCUCGACCCCUCCCCUUUUCCCGCUCACCGGGCACCUCUCUCCCCGCCUACAAGAGCUCCCCUUCAGAACUGUCUGCAUUACCACCUCACCUCCUCUCCACCUCGCACUCCAUCCCCGUUCCCUGACGUGCUCCACCCUCCCCGACGUGCUCCACCCUCCCUGCUGCCACACCCUCCCUGCUGCCACACCCUCCCUGCUGCCACACCCUCCCUGCUGCCACACCCUCCCUGCCGCCACACCCUCCCUGCCGCCACACCCACGCGCCAUGCCCGCUACUGAAGAGAACGCCGUCGCGCGGGCCGCGCCUGCCGCACCGCGCGCGGGCCACCCGGACGGCCACAAGACCAUCGUCCAGACGCCCGAUUUAGAGUACCCCGUCGUGUUGCACACGGUCGUCGUUAAGGACGCGCCCGCCGCACUCAAGUGGUACGAGGGAGCCCUGGACGCCAAGGUGGUGAGCCGGUACGACGACGCGGACGGCCGCGUGCUGCAAGCCGUGCUCAAGACCUCGUACGGCAUGAUGAUCGGCGUCGAGGACCACUAAUCCUAAGAUGCACAUGGUCGCGCCCGUCAUCGACGGCCAGUCCGGGGGCGAGGGUGACGCCCCCGCAAAGGGCUCGUCCUACGUCUAUAUCUCGCUCCCCAUCGGCCUCGCCAACGCAGAUGGCUGCAUCGAGCGGAUGCGCGAGGCCGGCGCAACCGUCAUCCUCGAGCCCGAGGACAAGUUCUACGGCCAGCGCCUCGGACAGGUCGUCGACCCAUACGGCGUCGCAUGGGCCUUCACGCACAAGAUCGACCCAGCGAAGAAGGACGCCGACACCAAAGCUGCAGACAAGGAGGAGUGAAGACAGAGCGCUGGCGGAAAGGCUGCCGCGAGAAGAUGCCCUGUGGUCAUCAGUAAAUGAAACCCGCUUUUUUUGCGACUCUUUGUGUGA